AUGCUCUCACUCCAGGUUCUGGAAAGCGUAUUCUUGAACGUGCGCAUGGUCAGAGAUGAGCUGGAUGAAGCCAUUUGUGAGCGCAUGCACCAGUGUUUGGAGAUGAUUAUCAAGGAGAUGGCUCAGAUGGUGCAGGAACUGCAGGAGGUCGAGGAGCUGAAGAGAACAGAGCGAACUUGUGUGACCUGGAGUGGCCUGCUCUCUGCUGCCUUGUGGAACUGGAAAUUCUGGGUGACCGAUGGCUUCCUGCUCCUCCUGAUUGUGAGGCUCUGCUGCUGCUUUAGCAAAAGAAGUCCUGAGGUGGGCAGCAGCAUCAGCAGUGAAGAGGAGGAAGACAGUGAAGUAGAAGAUGCCUCUUUCGUGUCAGAUUUGAGCACGUACAUUGCAAUGCGCAACGAGUGGUCAGCGAACAAACUGUGGGACCAUAGCAUGUGGGUGCAUGCGGCGGUGGAAAACCUCCUCUUUGCUUGCCAAGUGUCCAAUUUCUUGUCAAAGGGUUUCUUCCCAGAGCUGGGACCAGCCAUGGGAGUGGGCAGCACCUUUGAUUGCUGGAGUCCCCAGGAAGACGAGCCUGUCUACCGUUUGCUGGUGCCCCUGAAGCCCCCCCGUGGCCACACCUUCUGCCCGGAGCCAGGCACUGUGGCAAACGAGUCCCGCAUCCGUGUGGAGCUGCAGUGCACAUGCACUGCUCAGGAGAUGGUGGGGCGCAUGCUGUGCUUCCUUCACAACCGCAAGGAGCAGCUCAGGGAGAAGCAGAAGCCCAGCCUCCUGCACACCCUCUGCACCGGCUCCUAUCUAGAUGCGCAGAAAACUGCUCUCUGGUUCCAGGAUUUGGUGAGGGAAAACAAGGCAAUCUUGCGUCUGUUACGUUCACGUUACUGCCUUCUGACUGUGCUGCCCUCCAGACGCUCCUGCAAAGUGGCAAUUCAACAUAUCUCUGGGAUAACCAUGCUCGUAGAGAUGAACUUUGUCGUGCAGCUGGGCAACUCAGACAUCUUCAUGAGCAGCCAGGCGAGAGAGGAUGUCUUCAGCCCAAGCACAACAUGGACGUUGACAUGUGCCUGGGCAGAGACAAAGUACUUGUGGCUGAUGUUUGAACAGAUGCCAGACAACAGCUUGCUCAGCUGCCUGCAUCUCUGCACCCGCAUAGUGGCGGGCACAGGCUUUUCCAGCUAUGUCUUGAAGACGGUGGUGAUGCACCUCCUGAGCACCACACCCCUGUCAGGCUGGCGCAGGACACAUUUCCUGCUGCGGCUGGGUGACAUCAUGAGGUACCUGCGCCGCUGCUUGGAGAAGAAACAGCUCAACCACUUCUUCUUUGGGAAUGAGCAGAUUCCUGAGGAGAUCGUCUUGCCCCCAGCCUUGGAAAGAGCCAAGCCCUUCAACCUCUUCCAGCAUCUGGCGCAGGAUCCGGCUGCCCACGAGCAGGCAAUGCGUGAGUUCGAGGAGCUGCAACAUCGGCUUACAGCACAGCUCUUCUUCUAGGGGCACUGAAAGUGGUCUUCAUGCAGAGAGCCGUGUUUACAGGGUUCACAGAUGAGGACCACCUCAUGCAGGAGGGAGAUGAAGGACAGAGUGCAGGACGCUGCAAGGAAAGGAAGAACCUCGUGCAGUGGACCUCUGCCAAGAGCGGCAGCAUUCUCUUCUGGAUGGUUUUGAGAUUGCAGCCGUUGUCGACUGCAGUGGCGACAAGGAUGUCUUUCCCU